AGAACCCAAGAAAUGGCUGCCGAAUAGAAAUAAUUGUCUUUUACCACAUGUUGAAAACUAACUGACGUUUUAAUCUCAGUGACCAAUAUUACCUAAAAUAUGGAUGUCUUUUAUUUCAAUGAUACAUCAAUUGGCUUUUUUAAUCAACGAUUUGGAAACAUGUCCACGAGUUUCCAUUUUCUAACCCAUGCGCAGUUGUAAACAGGAGAAAAACUAAGAUGGCGCGCUUGAAGUAUCCUGGGGUAGAUAAGAUUUCUGUCAAAUCUCGAAGUCCCAAGAAAAGACUUGUGCUCAAAGUUCAAAGAAAAAAGCACAAAAAUACCAAAUCAACAAAUUUAGGGGCGAAACAAGUAAUAUCUCGAAAAGAUUUUGAAAAAAUCUUCGGAGACUCGGACGAAGAGGAUUACAAACCAUUUCUUGGGUUUUCAUCCGAAGAACUUGGUUUCAAGGCAUACACGCUUCUUCUACCCCAUAACAGAUAUCGAUCCGAUGCUGAUAAAACAUUUCAACAUUCUCCAUCGUCGACAUCAAAGAGAGUAAAACAUGUGCCAUUGAAAUGGUUUAGCCCGCCAACAUCGGAUGAUUCAUCCAACGACGAUGAAGAAAUCUCUCAACCAGGCGCAGUUGUUAAGAAAACUUUAUAUCGUAAAAAUAUUUAUUCAAAGACUUUAAAGAAACGUCAAUAUAAUAGAAGAAGAGAUGAUAAAUAUAAGGGAGAGUUUUCCAAUCUUAGUAUCAAACCACUGCGUUGUUUUCCGUCUCAUCAACAAACAGAUUUGCAGAAAAAGUCUGUUGCUAUUGCCAAACAAAUUGUGGAAAAGGCAAAAGGAGACAAACGUCUUCAGUUGUCUAAGAAUGUUGCUCCUGUGGAAAAUAAUCACAGUCCUGUGUCGAGAUUUGGUCGUCUUGUCAAAAAGAAAUUGCUUGAUUAUGAUGAUUUUACAGGUGGUCAUAACAAGAGGAAACAAUUUGUAAAUUCUGAUAUCUCUGUGUCAAAGAUUUUUAAAGGUGAAGAUGGCGAAAGGCAUCAAGUUCAACCAGAUCCAUUUUUAGAGACCAGAAAUUUAGACGAGAAAUCAAAUGUGACGUUGCAAGUACCAUGUGAAGACAAGUUUUUUCACCAAGCUUUGUUUCCUCCUGUUGUUCCUUCAAAACAACCUUUGCCAAAAGAAAAGACUGGAAAAAACGACUGUCAUGAACUUUCUGUGAAAGCUACACUAUUUGACAAAGAAACUUUAAAGAGCUUACUGAAUGAAAAGACUAAUGACCAAAGGAAUGAAUAUGAAAAAGAAAACAAUUUUUCUGCUGGUUCUGAUUACGAGUAUAACAUAUUCAAUAUUGCGACAAAAUUUAGAUCAAAGAGACUUCAAAACAAGAAAGACAAAAAAGAAAAAGAAAAAGUGCGACUUGUUGAAUCUGAAAAUGACAAACUUCAAAGAGAAGUAUUGAGUAAGAAAGAUAAAGACCAAGCACACGAAUUAUUGGAGAAAAAUCAUAUCGAUAAAAGAGAAGACAAAAUAGAAGAUUGUGAAACAAUCAGCAAAAAAACUGUUACGAAGGUGAUCAAACAAAUAACGAGAAAAAAAUUAAAGAGUGGCAAAAUAAAGAAAAUAAUUAAAGUCAUUAAAGUAAAGUCGAAACCAGAAGGUGGUAGUCGACGUGUACGUGGAAGAAGGCGAGUACGUUGUGGAAAAUGCGAGGGAUGUUUGGUGGAGAAAGACUGUGGAAAGUGUAUUUAUUGCCGAGACAAGCCAAAGUUUGGUGGAGUAUAUUUGCUAAAGCAAUGUUGUAUACACCGAAAAUGCCAAAACUUUAUACUUCCAAGAGCAAAGCCGAAAAAAGUUUAUCGUAAGACAUUGACAACAUUAAACAAACCGAGCUCAAUCGAAAGUCGUGAAAGAAAAUCUGUAUCGAGUGACGCAACUACAACAAAGCAAAUAAGAAACACAACUAUAAAAGACCUGUUAUAUAAACGAAAACCGCCGUCUGGACCGCUCUUACGUUACACGAAAAAAAAUAAAUGGACGAAGAAUCUAAAUGAUAUUAAGCUUGCUUGGACCGACUCGUAUACGGAAGAUGACUGUUGGGAAACUGGAUUCCAUAUCUGCGUUUCAAAUGAAAAUGCGCUUCCACGUGGUGAACUUUGCUUUUUAUGUGGAAGUUUGGGACAUGAAAAGAUGCUGUUUUGUCAAGUGUGUGCUGAGCCGUUUCACUUGUUUUGCCUGGAUGAAGAUCCUGUUGAUGGUGAAUUGUGGACCUGUAAUCGUUGUCGAACAUGUUGUGUUUGUGGGCAUCAGAAUAAGCUGCUAAUGUGCGACAAAUGUCAACGAUGUUAUCACGUAGAAUGUCUUGGGUCAAACUAUCCAACCGAGCCACAAGGAGACAACGAAGAUGUAUGGCUGUGUGCUCGUUGUGUAAAAUGUGUAAAAUGUGGUCGCACUACUGCAGGAGAAACUGCUGACGCACAAUGGACGCAUUCAUUUACCAUGUGUUUUGCAUGUGGUAAAAACUGGGAUCAAGGCAAUUUUUGUCCAAUUUGUAAGAGUUGUUAUUCUGAUGAGGAUUUUGAGUCGAAAAUGAUGCAAUGUUUAAAGUGUGAACACUGGGUUCAUGCCACAUGUCAGAACAUUACUGAUGAUGAAUAUCAGUGUCUAGCUGUGAUGCCUGAGGAUGUGCAGUUUGUUUGUAAAUCGUGUCAUGAUGAAGACUUACCUGACUGGCUGGAUUCUGUUCGACAAGAAAUUCAGGCUGGAUAUAUUUAUAUUGUCGAUACCCUUGUUUCAUCUCCUCAUUAUCAAACACUUAAAAGUUAUAUUCAGGAGAACGUUCGUGAGGAAAAUAAAAUUCACUGUUUGUCAGUGGUGAAAGAUAAAGUUAAUGGAAAGAAAUAUGACUCUCUGGGUGAUUACACCAAAGAUCUUCUUGCGUUUCUUCACCAAUUAAAACUUUCUAUUCCAAAAGAAGAUACUUUAAUUAAAAGCAUGUCUAGUUUAAUGUCUUCAUUUGAAAAGGAGAUGCAAUCAAUUUUCCCCUGGCAAGAUCUUACCUGGCCGCCUACUGAAGAAGAAAAUGGAGAGGACGUUUGUGAAGCUAGAGACAUGUCAAUAAUUUGUGAUGAGAAAUUAGGUGAUUUUAAUGAGGUCAUGAAAGAUCACUGCUACAUCCGAUGUAAAAAUGAAGGUGACAAGGAGAAUGUAGAUGUAUGUGAAGUUGGGUCAAAAUCGACAGAUGUCUGUGAAACGUCGAAGAAGCUAGAAGAUAAGCGAAAAUGUGCUUUUUGUGCCGAGAUCGGAGAUCAAUGCCCUCAAGAUGCUGGCAGGUUAAUUUAUUUUAAUAUUGACGAGUGGGCUCAUGUUAAUUGCGUUUUGUGGUCAGCGGAAGUGUAUGAAGAUGAUGAAGGCAGACUACAGAAUGCUCAUGUUGCUUUAAACAGAGGAAGGCAAUUGCGUUGCGAAUUUUGUGGUGAAGUGGGUGCUACUGUUGGCUGUUGUGAACCAUAUUGUAGGGGCAACUAUCACUUUAUGUGUGGAAGGAAAGCCAAAGCAGCGUUUUUACCAAAUAAAACUGUGUACUGCAAUGUUCAUGCUUUUCGAGCAAGAGAUGAGGUUAUUGUUGGCGAAGGCGAGUUUGCUGUCGACCGUCGAGUUUGUGUUGAUAUGAGUAAAGUAAAGACUUUGAAAAAAGCGUUGAAAGGCGUUUCCGUUGACACUUUGUCUGUUUUGUCCGGUUGUAUGGUUGUGAAAAAUCUUGGAAGAAUUACAAAAGCAUCGGACACUUCAUCUGUUUUGUUUCCAGUUCAAUAUAGCAUUACUCGACUUUAUUGGAGUACAAUUGAUCCCAGCAAACGAUGUCUUUAUUCCUGCCAUAUCGAAGAAAUUGAUGAACAGGAGUCUAGAAGCAAAGUGCAAGUACCGCUUGAAAAAGUUGCAGAAAAUCACGUUGUUACAUGUCAUGAAAACGAAGAUGAUAUAUUUGAUGGCUCAGUGUCAAAGUCAAAUAAUGAAGUAUCAAAAUUAAAGUGUGUUUUUCCUGCGGGGAAAAGCACUGCGGUCUUUCCACACGAUGAACAGAAAAAUGUCGAAACUUUACAAAGUGUAACAAAAAUGUCCAUUGAUGAUACCCAAAACAGAGGAAGAACGUCCAUUGAUUCUAAUGCACCUAAACAUUUGAAGAGAAAACAUUCUAAUGAGGUAAAUGAUCAAAACAAAAGUGUUGACUUCUGUAAACCUUCACUUGUUGUUGUAACCUCUCCUGCUUUCUCGACAUCCCUACAGAGUAAAUGUAAAACCUCAUUUAGUGGAUCCUUUCCAUCUUCACCACUUUCCAAAACAGUAGUGACGUCAACACAAAGGAAAGGUGUAACGAGUGUAUCGCUUGGAAAAGCAGAAACGAAAACAACGCCAUGUAAUGAAACAGUAACAACACCGCGAGCUAAAGAUACCUUAACUACGCUAGUUACUAGAGCAAUGCACCCUAACGAAGUCUACGAUAGAAAAAUUCAGCAACUUACUAAAGAUUUGAAUGCGACAGUAGAGCAAACUAAGGGAGUUAUACCUAAAACACUGAUGAAAGGAACAUCUGCUACAACGUCAAUAACUACAUUUUCUACGACAAUGACCAGAGCAAAAUACCCUGUACCGGAAAGUAAAACAGUAUUAUCAGUUAACUCAUUUGGGGCCAAUCCGUGUAUGUUUCCUCGUACGACUAGUGUUUCUCCAAUGGAUUUUUUGGUAGACUUAACACGACCCAAAACAAAUAAUGCGCGUAUGAAUGCUGCCAAAGUACCUAAAGCAACAAAAUCUCGAACAAGUAAUGUAAAGAUAGUCCGAACUAAACCUAUUCCUCUUGCACCAAAACCAACUUUUGUAUCAUUACGUUGCUCUCCAUACAGACAACUUGCUCCAAAACCAAUUCGCCAUUUACACUCAAGUAUCAUUCAUAAUUCCACUCAAAAUUCUGCUAGAACAACGACUACCAACUCUUUUAUUUUUCAUUCGACAACAUUUGUGUCCCAAGGCAACAGUGUCAGGCCAACAUACUCUCAAAUAAAGCAUAUUAAAACAACUGCUGUUUCCACCGCUACUUUCGUUCAAAACUCAUAUUCUCCAAGUCCUAUUACGUCAGCUAGAGUGGUAACUCUACAUCCGCCAGCUAAUGUUGUGCAAUCAAACAUUCAAUUAACGUCAUUAAAUUCUCGAUCGAUUGUAUCGGAUGCACUGCCAUCAACAUUUAGUUCAAGCAUGGUUCCGUUAAAAUCAACUCACUCAACUUCAAACAUCGUAAAAUUGAACACGGAUCCGUCCAAGUUAGCUGCAAAUUUUCUUCGUUUGCGUGCUAAUGCUGUACUUUCAAGUGCAAAACCAAGUUCGCUGCUCUCCAUAAAAACGAAUUCAACUCAAUAUGAAACUCCCAACUCAGUUUCCAAUCAUCUUCUUGAACAUGCGUCUCUUCAGCAUAAUAUAUCUGCUCAUCUAUCAAAGGAAGUUUCUGCAGAAAAUGCUGUCGUUGCGUUGACAAAGGAAGCUGCUACAUCAAGUGCAAUUCGAACCAACAAAACCGAUGGAAUGGCCGUUGUAGUCGGCUCACCAGAUCAAAUUAAGAAGCUGCUUUCAGAAAAUCCUAACAUGAUCCAACUUCUUGGAAGUAAAUCUACAGAAUAUUUAGGAAAGUUACUAACUUCGGAAAUAAAGAAGAAACCAAAACACAGCAACAAAAUGCUACAAAUAAACAGCACCAGCGUGGUAGAAAAGCCCCGAAGUGAAAGUUAUCUGUCACAUUUGACGUCAAAUAACCACACUUCCUUAUUCUCGAAAAAGAGCCUGGACUCUAUUAAAGAUACGGCUGCGUCGACUAUUAGAAACAGUGUUUUACCAACUACCGCAAAAUCCACGAUAUCAGUUAGUAAGUUGAACAUAGAAAAAUGUAGAAAUGCUGUUCGCAAACUUGAUCGAAGGUUUUUGAACUCCUCUAUAGACACAACCGUUGAUGAUUAUUGCACAGGUGCGGUUGGUCAAGAAGAAUCAGUGCAGUCAACUCUAAAAUCGCCAACGCACCAAACGAAAUGUUCUUCUUUAAAUAACUUAUUAAACGUAAACAAGAAUGACAAUGUUCUUAACAAACGUUUUCUUCACGCCAACCUUGGUAAUUAUAGCACCGAAAGGAAGAUAGCUUCUCUAUCACCAUUGUCUUCUCCAGCCAAACUGAUGGCACAUAUUGAAGAUCAAACAAAAAGUCUCAAACCAUUUAUGACCAAUUUGAAGCAAGCAGACAACCAUAAGCUCCCACGGUCCGACAAUCAUCAAGGAGUUGAUACUGCUGAGAAAAAAACGUCAACGAAAAGCAAUUCAAAAAUCUGUAUCAAAAGGACAAAUACUAAAAGGAAAUAUACAAAAAGAAAAGUAAUAGAUGAAACCAGUGAAGGUAAUGGAGAUAAUGAUAUGUUAAAUAAUGCGUUAGGUGAAAUUGAUGAAUGUAGUGGUUCAAAAAAGAGGAUCACCAAAGAAUCAUUGAUUAAAGGCAGUGACGGUAAACAGACAAAGAAAGCCAAAAUAGAUGAAAAUGAUAUUGUACUACCAGAUUUUGCUCGUGUUAAACAAUCUGAUCUGCGCAGUCGACGCCUGGAAAAAGUGAAACAAGAGUUAAAUGUAGUGUUCACUAUCACGAGUGAAGAGGGUCUUGAAGUGAAGGCUAAAUCGUGCGAAGAGGCUUGGCGUAUUGUUUUCGAGAAAGUUCAGAACUUACGUAUGGAUCGUUCAAGAAAUUUUACAUCUUUUGUGGGUGCGGAUGGUAUGGACUUGCUAGGACUUACCAGAGAACCUCUGAUAUAUCUUAUUGAGCAAUUACCUGGAGCAAAAAAACAUUGCACUAAGUACUCAUUUCAAUAUCAUGAAAGUCGAAGUCAUAAUGACUCGUGGGAUGAAGACGUCCAGCUUAAAGAAAAUGAACGCGGUUGUGCUCGUGCUGAACCGUUUAAAGGUCUUAAGAAAGAAGUCGACAUGUUUAGUUUUCUGGCAUCGACACAUCGAAAGAUAUCACAAGUUCCUCUUGACAAUUUCGAUGAUCCAGACAUUGCUCAGGAAAUUGCGGCAAGACGAGCAACUGCCAAUGACCUUCCAAUGGCAAUGAGAUAUCGAUGCUUAAAACAAUCAAAUCCAAAACGUACAGUUGGAGUAUUUAAAUCAGCUAUUCAUCGUCGUGGUUUGUUUUGUCUACGUGACAUUGAUGCAGGAGAAAUGGUGAUUGAGUAUACUGGAAACGUUAUACGAUCUGUAUUAACUGACAAGAGGGAGAAAUAUUAUGAAAGCAAGGGUAUUGGUUGUUACAUGUUUCGUGUUGAUAGUUUUGAUGUAAUUGAUGCUACAGAAUGCGGUGACGCUGCUCGUUUCAUUAAUCAUUCUUGCGAGCCAAAUUGUUUUUCUCGUGUAAUAACAGUAGAAGGACAGAAAAAGAUCAUUAUUUUUGCUGCAAAACAUUUGAAAAGAGGAGAAGAACUCACAUACGACUACAAAUUUCCGUUGGAAGAUGAAAAACUUCCAUGCUCCUGUGGCUCUAAAAAAUGUCGCAAGUAUAUGAAUUGACUUGAAAUUGGUAGGUUUUUUGUUAGGUAAGAUCACGUGUCCUCUCAGAUACAUCAAGGAGCUCCCUCCCUGACAAUAUUGAUAUCAAGAAUUAUAUGUGUAUAUAAACUAAUUUAUUGCAUGCGCUCAAAAAUUGUGUUGCAGAAUCUGACAACCCCCGUCCUCCCUUUCCACAAUCUUGGUGCUAACAAUGUUGAUACCAGUUAUCAUAUUACAAAUUUUAACAACAUUGUUGAAAGUCAUGUUUUUGAUUGAUGUUUCGUUUGUAUAUGAUGUGUACAAUAUAAGAUACGUAUAUUAAUGUCGAAAAACGAAGAUUUUAUUUUCAUUACAGUAAAUAUUCUUAAUACAGAGUGGUUUUGGUGUAGAAGUAUUGUUCCUGAAAUAUGUUUUUUUUAUAAAAUCCAAAUAGUCUUUAUUUUAUAAAAAAAAUUCUGCGAUGCAGCCUGAUAUCUCCUCGGUUUGCAUAAGCCUGUGCGAACUCAGAAAGCAUCUCUUAUUUCUUAAUUGCCAACGUUUUUCAAUGAAAUAACUCUAAAGUAAAUAAUUUUCCAUCAUUCACGAUAAUUUAUAAACGUUGCUACCUAUAUAUUGAAUAUCAGGCUGACGCAACAUAUUUUACUAAUAUCGAGAGAAUGUUAGGCAUAUGAAAUAGAUCUAAUGGCAAAGAAAUGAUUUCUAAAUUAAUUCCCCUCUUCUACCCCUCCCCCCCCUUCCGGAUUUUUGACGUCUUUAUAAAAUCGAUUUUAAUAUAACGUUGUUUACCAAGUUGUCAUGUCACGUGAACCUGAAGUUAUUUGUUGUAAAUAAUUCAACUUCAAACUAUGAAUUCACAAAAACAGAUUGGUGCAAUUGUAAAUACAAUAUGGAUAUAUUUAUGUGAAAUACCAGCAGUGGAUUUAGCGUUUGGAAAAAUAAAUAAUAGCGGCCAAACUUUAAAUGCAAAUUAUCUUCAUAAUACUUCCACAAUGGUUAUGAAAUUCUACCGAAUAAAAUUUUACCAAUUAAACAGCUUUAAAUGCUUUAAAUUAUAUCUUGCUAUGAAUUGUUGCAAUUUAUUUUUCUUAACGCUGGAUUCACCUCUGAUGAAAAAAUAUGGUCAAAUUGUAUGAAAAACAUAUUUAUUUUAAAGUA